UGUCAGUCGCCGGAAGCUCUGCACAUAAAUCGGUCAUUUCCUCCUCCUCUCUCUUCGUCGUCUCGUUUUAAAAGCCAUCCCCCAGAAGGAAAGGGCUCGAGUUUAUGCUUUUAUCGUCGUUUUGUGGAACAUGCGGGACGUUUUCUUGCCGGAGUUCAGCGCCCCGGACAGGAGAGCCUCUCUUAGGACCCUGGUCUGACUGCAGCCACCAUGAGGUGACGAUUGGGACAUCUUGUUCUUUACCUCACCGGGACACAUGGCAAGGAUCACGUUGUCCUGCCUGCCAGCCUCCUGGUACUGCAGCGUGUCCUUGCUGUCUCUGAACUGUGCCACCAAGCAGAGGCUCCUCUUCCUGCUGCUGCUCUUCAUCACCUCAGUUCUCCUGCUGGCAACCUACCAGAGGCAGCUGUGGGGACCCCAGCGUCAGCCGGGGGCCCAGGUCAACAAAUACCUCUCCAUCGUGGAGUCCAUGGAAGCCACUGAUGUCCUCGACCCCGCCCUGAAUUAUGGCAUUGUGGUGGACUGUGGCAGCAGUGGCUCCAGGGUUUUUGUGUACUACUGGCCCCCGCACAACGGGAACCCUCACACGCUGCUGGACAUCAAACAGAUGAGGGACAGUGACCGUACACCCGUGGUCAAAAAGAUCAAACCCGGCAUUUCCACUCUGGCAAACACACCAACACAGGCCAGCGACUACCUGGAGCCUCUCCUCAGCUUCGCUGCUGCUCACGUGCCAACAAGCAAACAUAAAGAGACGCCGCUCUACAUCCUCUGUACUGCUGGCAUGCGGCUGCUGCCUGAGAGCCAGCAGGCAGCCAUCUUGGAGGACCUGGUGACGGACGUUCCUCUGGAGUUUGAUUUCCUGUUUUCCCGUUCACACGCUGAGGUCAUCUCUGGGAAACAGGAAGGAGUGUAUGCAUGGAUUGGCAUUAAUUUUGUCCUCGGACGCUUCGAUCAUCCUGAUGAGGAGGAUGCCACAGUUGAGGUGACGACGGGGUCGGAACACCAGCCGCCAAUCAGCAGGCGCCGCACGGUGGGCAUCAUGGAUAUGGGCGGAGCCUCCCUUCAGAUAGCCUAUGAGGUGCCCAGUGCCAUCAGCUUCAGCUCGCCACAAGAGGAGGAGGCAGGAAAGAGCGUUCUUGCAGAGUUUAACCUUGGCUGCGACGUCGAGCAGACACAGCAUGUUUACCGAGUAUAUGUCACCACCUUCCUGGGCUUCGGAGGAAACAUGGCCAGGCAGCGCUACGAGGACCAGCUGGUCAACAGCACACUGGCCAAAAACAGGUUUCUGACCACAGAGACGGGUCUGAGCGAGGAGAAGCCCUACCUGGACCCCUGUCUUCCAGUCGGCAUGUCUGACACGGUCACCCGGGGCAACCGCACCUUGUACCUGAGGGGUCAGGGUGACUGGAGCCGGUGUCAGGAGGCAGUACGGCCCUUCCUGGGCCUCCACAAUGGCACCAUGUCUCCACAAGGCAUUUACCAGGCUCCAAUCAACUUCAGCAACAGCGAGUUCUACGGUUUCUCCGAGUUCUACUACUGCAUGGAGGACGUUCUGAGGAUAGGAGGACAGUACAACAGUAAUAAAUACACUCAAGCUGCAAAGGACUACUGCAGCACAAAGUGGUCGACCCUGAAACAGCGUCUGGACAAUCAGCUGUUCUCUCAGCAGGCUGACAUUAGCAGGCUCAGGUAUCAGUGCUUCAAGUCAGCGUGGAUGUUUGAAGUCCUGCACUCUGGCUUCCGUUUUCCCUCCGACUACCCGAGCCUGAAAACGGCCCAGCUGGUUUACGACAAGGAGGUCCAGUGGACCCUGGGAGCCAUCCUGUUCAAAACCCGCUUCCUUCCUCUCAGGGAUCUGCAGCAGGAGACGCUGCGGCAGGGCCACCCCGGCUGGCUGCGGCCCUCCUUUGUCUACAACCACCACCUGUUCUCGCUCUGCCUCUUGGUGGUGGUCCUGGCCAUCCUGCUCUACAUCCUGCGCCUGCGGAGAAUCCACCAGCGGGAGCUGCGGCAGGUGGAGGUGCUGGAUCUCCUCUGGGUCGAAGAGGGAGAGGCGUUGCUGCCCUGAGAGCCGCGCCGCGCCGGGCCGACUGGACGUCCUCCAGCGUGUUGAACUCCAGUGUUUUCAGCUCUUACAGCUGCAGAAUGUGAGAGUCCAGGAAACAUGACGGGAAGUGCACCGCAGGAGUGGUCGGAGAGUCUUGAUCUGAGAGGAUCCAAAGCCUAAUGAGCCCAGAGACCAAACCUAUCUGUAUAUUCUAAUGUUUGUGCAGCAAAUGUUGGACAGGUCCACUUUCUCCUCGGUCACCCUGGAUGGACAGAAUCACUGUGUACAAGUGCAUCAAAGUCAAAACAUUUCUGCUCACAAGUUUACAUCCACUCAUCAGGGUGAAAGGCAUUGACCUUAAGCUGUUAAUCAGGCAUUUAAGUCAUUUUUUUGGGUUGUCUGAACUAACGCAGGACUUGUGACUGUUUGGAACAAAACAUUUUCACUGUUUCAAACGUGUUGCAAUUGUUGCUUUUAAAACCUGCUGAAGUUGUAUCGUCAUUCCAUGUCAAGAAAAAAGAGCAGCUCAAAUCAUAAAGUCCAAAAUAAACGUGCAUGUGAGUAAUGAGUGGAUGUAAACUUCUGACCACAUGUGACUUUACAACAGCUCCGUCCACCAUGGUCUAAAGGACAGCACUGACUCUUAUUGGCUGGCUCUGGGCUUGUUUUAAGCAGCACCAAAGUGAGCUAAAACUAGGACUAGCUGCUGUAAUGGUGAGGAGGAUGGGUCUGGCAUGUUCAGUCACAAAAGUUUUUAUUCAUGUACAGAGUCGGAGCUAGUCGUUUACAAGUCUGUUCUAACCUGGAGUGGACCUUUUUUAUUUUGUUUUAGCCAAGAAACGUAUUCAUCAGCCAUCAUUUCAUCAAUGCAACGAUUGCAUCCGGACAUUCUUCUGACACCAAAUGUGAAGCAGCUGCCGUCUAUCUGGAACCCGACUUUUCUUUCCCUCUAAUCCUCAGCGAUGAGAACGCUGGCGACAGAAAAGCUGAGGAGGCUUUGGACAUCUAAAUCGGAUUUCCUCAAAAGCUAGAGGACGUCUGCUGACCUCGGAUACUUGAAUGCCGCUGUUGUCCUUCCAAGCCCCCCCCCCCCCCCUUCCUUGUCUAUUUCAUUCAGAACAGUGUCUGACCCUAGAAGCAUUUCAGUACAAAACCCAGAUCUGCCCAGUUUCUGGAAACAGAACAAAGCCCUGGAGGCUGGAUUUAAAGGGGUAGUUGUGAUUUUUUUUUUUUUUUUUUUUUUUUUUUAAGUGAGGUUGUUUUCUAAACUGGCUGACAUCUCAUUGACGGUAGAUAUCUAUCUUGGAGUCUGCUUUUAGUGUAAAUCCCGAUUAAUUGGUCCUGAAGGCUGAAGCUAGAGGCUGAUCCAAUUGGACCAAGACCAAAUCAGACUUUUACCAGCUUUAAAUCCCUCCACCAUUUUCCAACACUUCAAACCCUCACCAUGUUUACGUUACCCAGAAGCUGAUGGUCAUCUGCAUCAGAGCUGGCUGUAGGUGCGUCACCGCUGACCUUCCUGAGAACAGAACAUGUAGUUUCUAGUUUCCUGUCAGAGUAACUGUCUGACAGGAAACUAAAGCGGUAUAAAUAGCAAACAUAUUACUGCUGAUAUGGUCAUUGCUAUAUUAUUGCUUUUUACACAACUUUUCUAUCAGACAGUAACAGAGUGGAACACACUUUACAUGUUGACCCCUCAGUACGUGUUUCACACAGGAAGAUCACUGGUGAUGCACCGCCUCUCACUUUCACUUCCUGUGUCAAGGAUCAGAGGCGUCUGUUCUAACCUUCCAAUCUAAAGGUGAAAAUUAUUUAAAGGUUCGUCCAGCAGUGAAAUCUGCUUUGGUCUUGCACCGCCUCAGAGUAGUUGGCGUUAGCCCCCAGUACCAACUGAUCUGGGUUUAUAGACCCCAACAGAGUUCCCUAUGACGGUCAGAUGCUAACCUUUCAACAGAACCUCAGUUAAAACUAUCCCUUUAAGCAGAUGCUCCAAGUGCUGGGUGGGGAACAGGUCUGUGGCACCACAGGGACCAUAUUCAACCUUUUUAUUUAGGGAAAAUGAGCCUUACCCUCAGGAAAGAGUGUUCUCCAGUCUUCAUAUGGACUGCAUUCCGUUGUGUACAAUGAAGCUAGUGUUGUGCUAUGUGACAGGUGGGAAGCCAUGAUAUAAACAUGUGACUAGAAACGCUGCAAGAAACGUUUUGAUCUCCCAGAGGCAGAACUGGACUUUCCUUCUGUCCUUUUAAAAGAACCUGUUUGUUUUCUCUCAGAAACUGGGGGAAUGAUUCAUGCAGAUGAUGACCCUGUUGUUUCAGCCAUUUCUGGUUCCAGAGUGAAUGUGUUUGUUGAAGGACCGCUCGAACCAGAAACUGUUCUUCGGUACACCACGCAGAUUCUGAAGUGUUCUUGUCAAACUGCCACUGUCUGUUUGAAAGGUUUUUCUAUCUAACAUCAUCCUGAAGAGGAUUUUGGGAUUUCUCUGCUUCUGUGAUGUUUCUCCUCCCAAAGGACCAUUCUUUUUCACGCCUGGGCAUUGUGCAAUUUUAGACUAAUUCACUGCAAGGAGGAAGUUGUUUUUAAUUGAGGAAACCAUGUGAACUAAAACAUUUCCAAUCCAAUAAAAAGAGAUGGAAACUGGU